AUGAAGGAAUGGAUAGUAUAUAUUGUUAGAUGGUAAUUGAAGUGUGUUUUGGAAGUGUGAAAUGAGUAUCAUUGAAGAGAAGACUUGUGUGCAUAAUUUAAUUGAGGAGAUGAAAUUGUUGAAGGAAAUGCAGGAUCAUUGUGGGGUAAAGAAACCAAUACAUUCAGAACUAUGGCAUGCAUGUGCUGGACCAUUAGUAACCUUGCCACAGGUUGGAAGCCUUGUUUAUUACUUCCCACAAGGACACAGUGAACAGGUGGCGGCCACGACAAAUACAAUUGCAACAACUCAAGUUCCUAACUAUCCGAACCUUCCUUCUCAGCUAUUGUGCCAAGUUCUGAACACCACACUACAUGCAGACAAAGACACAGAUGAAAUCUAUGCACAAAUGAGCCUUCAACCACUGAACACUGAAAAAGAUGUUUUUCCAGUACCUGAUAUUGGAAUGAGUCUGAGCAAACAUCCAAGUGAGUUCUUCUGCAAGACUUUGACCCCUAGUGAUACAAGCACACAUGGUGGGUUCUCUGUGCCUCGCAGAGCAGCAGAAAAGAUUUUCCCCUCAUUGGAUUUCUCGUUGCAACCCCCUACUCAAGAGCUUAUUGUUCGAGAUUUGCAUGAUAAUACUUGGAAAUUCCGUCAUAUAUAUAGGGGACAGCCAAAACGACACCUUUUAACUACAGGCUGGAGUACAUUUGUUAGUGCGAAACGGCUUAAAGCAGGCGAUGCAGUCCUAUUUAUCAGGGAUGAAAAAUCAAAAUUGUUAUUGGGAGUAAGACGUGCAAGUCGUCAACAAACAACUUCACCAUCGUCCGUUUUAUCUACUGAUAGCAUGCACAUAGGAGUUCUUGCUGCUGCUGCUCAUGCUGCUGCUAAUCUAAGCCCAUUUACAAUAUUCUAUAAUCCAAGGGCUUGUCCUUCUGAAUUUGUUAUCCCAAUGGUAAAAUAUCGAAAGUCGGUGUAUCGGAUCCAACUUUCUAUUGGCAUGAGGUUUGGAAUGAUGCUUGAAACUGAGGAAUCAGGAAAGCGCAGGCAUAUGGGCACAAUUAUGGGCAUAAGCGAUGUAGACCCAUUAAGGUGGCCCGGGUCGAAAUGGCAUAAUCUUCAGGUGGAUUGGGAUGAACCAGGGUGCAGUGAUAAGCCAAACCGAGUGAGUCCGUGGGAUAUCGAGACCCCUGAAAGUCUUUUCAUUUUCCCUUCACUCACUUCCACCCUUAAGCGACCCUUUGGAUCUAGUUUCAUAGGAGAAGAAACUGAAUGGAGCAACAUGGUGACCCGACCAUUUAGCCUGGCUCCAGAGACCAUGAGCGCCAACUUUUCUAUCUCGUCGAAGUCUAAUCAGUGGUCAGAACAACCAAUUAAUAUGUUAAAAAAGCCUCAAUCAGCAGAUAAUAAGGGCCCUAUUCUGCCUGCUAUCGAAAAUGCCUUUGCUAUCUCAGAGACAGUAAAAUCGGAUAAUUCUCCCCUUGAGCCCACAAGCAGUCCACAAAAUCUUGUAAACGAGAUGUCGAUUCAUAGCCACUUUUCGCCUCUUGAACAGCUUGAUCCAUCUCUUUGUGGUUUCUUCCCUCUCCUUGGGCAUGAAAUAUGGGAUGCACAUGAUGAUGCUUAUAAUUGUAUCAACUUUGAGGCCAGUACUGGUGGCUGCUCAAUUGUUAAUCCGUCGGUAUCAAGUGCAGUGUUGAAUGAGUUUAAAGAUGGUGAUUUAAGAAAUUCUUCUGAUCGUUUAGUGAACAACAAUUAUAGCUCAAGCCAAGAUGUUCAGUCGCAGUUCACGUCAUCAAGCAAUGAAGAGUUCACUGACACUGGACUCCUACAAAAUAGCUCGUGGCAAAAAGUAACUCUGCCUCCCCGCGUGAGAACCUAUACAAAGAUUCAAAAGGUAGGAUCAGUAGGAAGGUCCAUAGAUGUUUGCAGUUUCAAGAACUAUGAAGAACUAUGCUGUGAAAUUGAGAGGAUGUUCGGGCUUGAGGGGCUACUUAAUGAUUCGAUAGGUUCUGGUUGGAAGUUGGUGUAUGAAGAUUUCGAGAAUGAUAUCCUUCUUGUCGGUGAUGAUCCAUGGGAGGAAUUUGUUGGGUGUGUACGAUGCAUUAGAAUACUAUCACCUUGUGAAGUUAGGCAGAUGGGGGAAGAGGGAAUGCAACUUCUGAAUAACAGCACAGCCGCAUUACAGGCGUUAAUUGCAUGAAGACAAAACAAACUGGAUGACAAUUGUACUAUGAUCCUUCAUUCCUUUGAUUGCCCAUUCGCAUGUGUUUAUAGCCAUCAACCUUUGUAAUAUAUGAGUGCUAGUUUAUCGAUGCUAGAACAGUAUAAUUUAGCUUAUGCAAUUAUCUGGUAAUUUGUUACCAUAGGUGUACCGUAUUCGUUGACCCUGCAAUUGUCGAUGCUCGGCCUCGCUAAUCAUGAGUUAUGGAUAAUAGUUGGAUGUAGGACAAUGACGAGCUGUUUAACUUGUCAAAUAUAGAUCAAUUGAAAACAGGAAAUUUCUAGCGUGGGUCGAAUAAUGAUUCUAAUGACUCAGUGUAGAUAUAAUUAAAAAACGCCUAAUUCGUCUAAU